AUGGUGUCCGCAAGGGACAGGGACGACGCAAAGCUGACGGGCUCCCUCAGCUUGAACGCGCCGAACAACUCUAAGCCCUUAGCCUCCUCCGUAGUUGGCAAGAAGAACAAGUCUCAAAAGAAGAAGACCAAGUCCAAGGGAAAGAUGACCAGGGCCCAGAAGAAGAGGACCAGGUCUCAGAAGAAGAAAUCCAAAUCCCAAAAGAAGAAAGCCAACUCCCAGGAGAAGAAAACCAAGUCUCCGGAGAAGAAGAUUAAUCUCAACAGCGAACGGCCCGGGGAGGCCCCCGAGCUUGAACCUGCUGGGCAGGGUUAUCUCGCCCUCGACGAAUUUUCUUUGCGAGCACGCAUUGCUCGCCGCUUCCCACUGCCGGCCUAUCUCGAAAGCGGUCCACAAUUCGAUUUUAUAGAGAUCAUUUGCCCCAUCUGCAAACAGAGACGUCGUGAGCUCCGGUCUUGA